UAAGCAAAAAGUCUAGAAAAGCAAAAUCCAGAGAGGCGGGGAGAGCCAACGGAUCCGCCAUGACAGCUCGCAAGAGAACCUCUUCAGUCACUAAUUCGGAGAAUCCACUACCGCCGCCGAAGAAGACGACCAUUGCUUCCGCAGAUGAUUUCCAUCUCGCACCGCCGAAACUAGGCGUGAUCUUCGUGAUCUCCUCGCUCCUCUGCUCGCUCUACCUCUACCUACUCUGUUUCCACUACAAUGUCGAUAGCGAGCUCAAGCGUCCGAUCCUCAUCAACGCUGGGCUUAGCUUGGUGGGUUUCUUCGUUACACUCAAGCUGAUUCCUGUGGCUGCUCGAUAUGUUCUGAGGCGUAACAUGUUUGGUUUCGAUAUCAAUAAACGUGGCACUCCUCAAGGAGAUGUUAAAGUGCCUGAGUCUUUGGGAAUAGCUGUGGGUAUUGUCUUCUUGAUUGUGGCGAUUAUAUUUCAGUUCUUUAACUUCACUGAAGAUUCGUUGUGGCUUGUGGAGUACAAUGCAGCACUGGCAUCUAUUUGCUUCAUGAUCUUGCUUGGGUUUGUAGAUGACGUCCUUGAUGUUCCCUGGAGAGUGAAGCUUCUCUUACCAUCAUUUGCAACCCUUCCACUGCUAAUGGCUUAUGCUGGACAUACAACUAUCGUUAUACCAAAACCUCUAGUUUCUUAUGUUGGCCUAGAGAUACUUGAUCUAGGAAGGAUAUAUAAGUUAUACAUGGCGUUAUUGGCUGUCUUUUGCACCAACUCUAUAAACAUUCACGCUGGUCUGAACGGCCUUGAGAUCGGUCAAACCGUUGUUAUUGCAGCUGCUAUCUUGGUACACAACGUUAUGCAAAUCGGAGCAUCUGUGGAUACUGAGUUUCGCCAAGCUCAUGCCUUCUCUAUAUAUCUUACUCAACCGUUGAUGGCAACAUCCUUGGCAAUGCUUGCUUAUAAUUGGUACCCUUCUGCAGUUUUUGUUGGAGACACUUACACAGUCUUUGCAGGAAUGACUAUGGCAGUUGCUGGCAUUCUGGGUCACUUCAGUGAAACCCUCCUAAUCUUUUUUCUUCCUCAAGUGCUGAAUUUUCUGUUGUCUCUUCCACAGCUUGCUGGCAUUGUGAAAUGUCCACGGCAUCGUCUCCCCAAGUUUGAUCCUGCUACGGGACUAUUAACGGGAACAAAAGAUGGGACGCUCGUCAACGUUUACUUGAGGAUUUUUGGUAGAAAAUCAGAAAAGUCUCUUUGUAUUCAUCUUCUUGUUUUCCAGGCACUAGCUUGCGCCUUCUGUUUCCUGCUUAGGCAUUUUCUUGCUGGUUGGUACAAAUAAAAUCUUUGCAACAUGAAGAAUCUUUAAGCGGUUCCUCGUUUUAUCUCUGUCUUCACGAAUCAUAGUCAUUUUGUUUUGAUAUCCAAUAGCAUCAUCAUUUUAGUUCAUUUACAAAGAUAGUUUCACUCCUUAACCGAGACCAAGGCGAGAAAAAAUCUUAAAAAUAUCAGUAUAUUCGGAUUUUGUAGCA